CAGUGGGCUUAGAAUGUUCCAGCAGGUGCUCUAGUCCUUCAAGAUCCUACCCGCCCCGCUUGCCGCCGUGCCGAGCAGGCGAGUGGGCGGAGAGAGCAUCGGAAACCACCUCCUAGGCGUCCUUGACCGUGGUACUAUCCGAUGGGCUUCUGGCGCAACAGUCUGCAAGACCACACCGACAGUAGCGUGGACAUGUCCUCGCGUGCGGGCUUGAUCUUCCUCCUCCUCUGGCUGUUCUUCGUCUUCUUCGCCACCCUCUCGCAGGCCAUCGCCGCCGGUCUGCACGAUGCGCUCACCGCCGUCAACAUCGCCAGCCUCCUCUUCCCCCUGUGUCUGCUCUUCUGCGGCAUUCUGGUCCAGCCCACCGCCCUCCCCCGCUUCUGGAUCUUUUUGUACCGGGUCAGCCCCGUCACAUACCUCAUGAGCGGCAUGGUCAGCGCCGCCGUCGACCUCCUCCCCAUUCCCUGGCCCACCGCCGCACAGAACCACUUCACGGCCUCCUGCGGCACCUACCUGGCCUUGUAAAUCCAGCGCGCGGGCGGCCGCGGCUUGAACCCCAAAACCCCGGCUGCGGCCGGCGAGGAUUGCAUCUUCUGCCCCGUAACGGACAUGAACACGAUGCUGGCGCAGCUGGGGAUCGAGGUCGGCA